UCUCGUCUUAUAUCGCCCGCAAGAACUUCCCUGCCCCUUCCCGACUAUGUCGGACUCAGGAGAGAAAGACUCGGAGGAUAAUGCCUCUGUUAUCGAGCCCAAAGUAAAAGUACUGGUGCGCACAGAAAAGCCAGCAGCCGUCAAGGCCACGCUUGUCGCCGAAAUUCGCGUCUCGCUUGCUGAAGUCGGUCCUGCCGUUGUCAAGGAGCCAAGUGUCACUUCGCAUCCUCAGGUUGCCUAUACCUCUGAUGAAGAGACAGAGGACGACAGGAGCGACACCAAACCCGCGAACGAUGAAGACAGCAAAGUCACGAAUAAAGAGGAGGACUUGAACAACGAGGAUGAUAACGAUGAGGUCGAUCUGGAUGCCAUCCUCGACGAGAUGGGUUUGGAGUCGCGCGCCCCGGCAGACCGAACGACCGUGGUUAAACGAGUCAACGCACCACCCAGGCCUGUAUGCUUGAAACGUUCAUCGAGCGAUUCGAACCUUAGGGACAGUAAACCGAAGAAGAAAGCGAAGAAGACGAACACUGCGCCACCUGAUGCCACGACCACCACAGAGCCUAGCCAGCGUAAGGGCGAGGAUACGUGAGCCUAAGCUUCGAAUUACCUAAGCGAUGGAUGCUCUGUUGUAUCAAUACUGUUAUAUGUAGUGUUGGCCUCACACCAAAGAUCGUCAAGCGUCACAAGCGAAUAGUUCUAGAAUAAAUUCUUGAUAUGAGACUUACAUGAUUGCGCC